AUGAGGUCAUCUAUGCUGGUCCUGUUGCUUUUCUUCAGUGCCCAGGCCGCGGCCGCCGUCAAGGAGGACUCGGGCGGCGUCCCCACCGCACACCAGGAGGCUCCGGGCGACUCCGUCCCAAGAGUGGACCCUAAGAUCUUCAACAAGCGGCGCAGGCUCUCCCCCAGGGUGCUCUUCAGCGUCCAGCCCCCCGACGCCGAACCCGCGGGGCGUAGAAGCCGAAGGCGAGCGGGCCAGCCUCAGGGCCGAGGCGUGUACUCUGUGUGCGAGAGCGUCAGCAUGUGGGUGGGCAACAAGACCAAAGCCACGGACAUCUCGGGGAAUGAGGUGACGGUUCUGCCGGAUGUCAACAUCAACAAUGUCAACAAGAAGCAGUACUUCUUCGAGACCACGUGUCACAGCUCGCAGGCAAGGGACUCAGGGUGCCUGGGCAUCGACGGCCGCCACUGGAACUCUCACUGCACCAACUCGCACACCUUCGUCCGCGCCUUGACCUCCUUCAAGAAGCUGGUGGCCUGGAGGCUCAUCCGCAUCAACGUGGCCUGCGUGUGCGUGCUCAGCCGCAAGUCAUGGCGUCAGUGA